GGGCCGGGCUGGGGCGGGGUCUCAGGACUGGGCUAGCGAUGGGAGCUUUGGGUUUAGGCUUCGAAGUUCUGGGAGGUGGGGCGGGAGGAACCCGCAGGGAUGGCAGCUCAGCCUUGGCUCUUUAGGGCGCGAGUCAAGGAUUGUCUCACCACCUGUUGCCAAACCGGCCGCCUUGCUCGCAAGGGGUUUAGGGCCCCUGUUCUCUGCGGUCUUUCGAAGGGAAGGCUCUCCUGACACCUCGGCCCCAGGAGGCAUUUAGCGAGUUGAGAGCCUGGGCUCCCACCCUACGUGGGAGGAAACUCAGGGUCCUGAAGGCCGUGCGCUCCCCACCCUCAGGCUGCGACCAUGAGGUUAAACCAGAACGUCUCGCUCCUGGGGAAGAAGGUGGUGCUGGUACCCUACACCGCAGAGCAUGUGCCCAGGUACCACGAGUGGAUGAAAUCAGAGGAGCUGCAGCGUUUGACAGCCUCCGAGCCGCUGACCCUGGAGCAGGAGUAUGCGAUGCAGCGCAGCUGGCGGGAAGAUGCGGACAAGUGUACCUUCAUUGUGCUGGACGCAGCGAAGUGGUUGGCCCAGCCAGGCACCACCGAGGAGAGCUGCAUGGCGGGGGAUGUGAACCUCUUCCUCACAGAUCUAGGGGACCCCUCCUUGGGGGAGAUCGAGGUCAUGAUUGCAGAGCCCAGCUGCAGGGGCAAGGGCUUUGGCACCGAGGCCGCGCUCAUGAUGAUGUCCUAUGGUGGCCGUGAGCAGCGUCUUCCAGGAGGUGACACUCAGACUGACGAUGAGUGAGCCGGAGCAGCAGUGGCUUCUGGAGCAGACCAGCCACGUGGAAGAGAAGCCCUAUGGAGAUGGGUCCUAGGAGCCCGGCUGAGAGCCCUGCACCAGGAAGUGAACGGACCGGGCCGACCCUCUCCAGGCUGGGCUCUCCUUUCAGGGCCCUUCACACGCCGGGCAGGACUUUGCCUUGGCCCCCCCCAGGCUGACAGUGGGGCUGAGCGACUCCAGGGAGCCCCUCCUCCCGGCCAAACCUGACUUCGACUCUGAGAACCUGGGGUGGACGGCAUGAAUCCAUCAGUAGAGGCAGAGCUGGAGACGACUUGGGGGGGGGGGGGGCAGCUGGUGAAUAGGCCGGACUUCCCUUUUCCUGGAAGGCCAGUGGUGCCACUCAGGCUGAGGCCCUGGCUCGAGUAAAGUGCACUGCACAGCCAGCUUUCCGUUCCUCACUGCCCAUAGCCUGUGUGGAGGUGAGCUGCCAGGAGGCCACCUGCAGCUUGUCCCGUCCAGCGUGGGAGCAACAGGACAGCUCAGUCCUGUCAUCCUAUGGAAGCAGGCUGGCUGGGUGUGGCCCUGAGAGGUUAGGAAACGAAUGAGGGUGGCCCCGUUGGACAGGAGGCUUGGACAGUGGGCGAAAAUCCUUGCUCCCCCUUUCUUCUUUGGAGCCAGUUUUGAGUAAAUUAGUUUUGGAUCCAGCUCCUUGUGGCUGGACAGCACCCCUC